AACAUACUUUGUAUUUAAAAUUUUUCUCUUUGAUUGUCUCAUUCGCAAUCAAUCCGCGAUUCGUCUCCUUCGUGGCAUCGUUCAUCAUUCUAUUUAGAGAGUGUGUAGGUAUACUUGAACUUGAACACAUCAAGGUAGAGACUCAGAGAGGGGCCCAGGCGGCCAGGCCCCCCCAGAGGCAGAGACUUGACUAUUUAUAUGUAUUUGUUGUAUUUGUAGUUUUGUACACUUUGUACCUAUGUACAUAGCAUACCUAUUUAACAAUCAGAGCUCUGAUAACAAUAAUUAUCAAUAGUGAGUCGGCAAGUCACGUCACUUUAUGUAUAUAUAUGCAAGUUCACCAAGAUCUGUAGCAGAAACAAUCGCUCAUGAAUCACGACCUAACCUCUCACGUCAAAGAGUCUGGGAAAACCUGCGUCAGGAAGAUUAGAUUUCAAAAGGCUUGAGCCUGAUACGUUACAGAUUCAAGUAUUACUGCUAGUCUCUGAAGUUAAAUAUGAUUCAAGUAUAAUAUCACAAGCACAAGUACUGACGAAAAAUUAGCUCGAACAUCGUAGAGAUGGCCAACACCGGGGUACUACCAUUUGUUCGAGGAGUGGACUUUAGCAGAAAUGAUUUUGGAGGAAAAUUUCCAGAGUCAGUUCGUUUAAUGACAGGAAUACAAUGGCUGAAACUGGACAAUACAAAUCUUUCGGAAAUUCCAGAAGAAAUGGGCAAGCUUUUGAAACUAGAGCAUUUAUCCCUCACAAGAAAUCAUUUAGAAAGACUUUUUGGAGAAUUAACUGAACUAGGAUGUCUCAGAACAUUAAAUAUACGUAAUAACAAUAUAAAGUCCAGUGGAAUACCAGCUGAAUUAUUUCAUUUAGAAGAACUAACGACUUUAGAUAUAAGCAACAAUAAUUUAAGAGAGAUUCCCGAAGGGCUUGAAAGAGCUCGUUCGCUACUUAAUCUUAAUUUAAGUCACAACCACAUCGAAACAAUCCCAAAUACAUUAUUUAUUCAUUUAACUGACUUGUUGUUCCUAGAUCUCAGUUAUAAUCAAUUAGAAACCUUACCCCCUCAAACUCGUAGACUAGCUAAUUUACAAACACUCAUAUUAAAUCACAACCCCUUGGGACACUUCCAAUUGAGGCAACUCCCGUCUCUAAUGAAUUUAACAACUCUGCAAAUGCGUAGCACCCAGCGCACACUCAGCAAUAUCCCAUCGAAUUUAGAAAGUUUGACAAAUUUGCAGGAGCUAGAUUUAUCUCAGAAUGACUUACCAAAAGUUCCAGAUGCUCUUUAUUCGCUUCCAAAUCUUCGCCGACUUAAUUUAAGUGACAAUCAAAUUUCGGAACUUUCUACUGCCAUAGAAAUGUGGCAAAAGUUGGAAACUUUAAAUCUGUGUAGAAACAAAUUGACUGCAAUACCUGUUUCACUUUGUAAGAUUUCGUCCUUAAGAAGGUUAUACUUAAAUGACAAUGAAUUAGACUUUAAAGGUAUUCCUUCGGGAAUCGGGAAACUUUCAUCUUUACAAGUUUUCUCAGCAGCAAAGAAUCGCUUAGAAAUGAUCCCAGAAGGUCUUUGCAGAUGCGGUUCUUUAAAACAGUUAAUUUUAACUUCUAAUAGACUGAUAACUGUACCAGAUGCAAUUCAUUUACUAACAGAUCUAGAGUGCUUAGAUUUGAGAGAUAAUCCAAACUUAGUGAUGCCACCAAAACCUACCGAAGUUCAAAGAGGGUCAGGAAUCGAAUUUUACAAUAUUGACUUUUCCUUGCAACAUCAAUUGCGUCUUGCAGGAGCAAACAUACCAGCACCUGUGCAAACAGCUAAUAGCAGUAAAGAUCCUAUAGCUAGAAAAAUGCGACUAAGGCGAAGACGAGACCAGGAAGAAGCUGAUCAAGAUCAAGCUAAGAUAUUAAAGGGAAUGAAAGAUGUAGCAAAGGAAAAGAAUAAGGACAGCAAUUGUAACGAUGCAAAAGCUGAAUCGCUAAAGCCAAAGAGGUGGGAUGAAACAUUAGAGAAACCUCCGUUGGAUUACUCUGAAUUUUUCGAUGAAGAUGCUGGUCAGACACCAGGAUUAUCAAUUUGGGAAAUCGAAAACUUUUUGCCCAACCAAAUAGAGGAGGUUGCCCAUGGAAAAUUUUACGAAGGUGACUGCUACAUCAUUUUGAAAAGCAGCGUAGAUGAUGGUGGAUCUUUUGUGUGGGCAAUUUACUUUUGGAUCGGAGAGAAAGCCACGCUCGACAAACGCGCGUGUGCGGCGAUUCACGCCGUCAAUUUGCGCAAUUUUCUCGGCGCGCAAUGUCGGACGACAAGAGAGGAGCAAGGAGAUGAGUCGGACGAAUUUUUGACACUUUUCGAAUCCGGCAUUACAUAUAUCGAAGGAGGACGGACCUCGUCUGGAUUUUAUACAGUUGAGGAUACGCCUUUGGUAUUGAGACUUUACCGUGUCCAUGCUGCUGGCGCUUCGAUUCAUUUGGAACCAGUACCUGUAUGCCCGGAAUCAUUGGAUCCCAAUUACGUAUUUGUUCUUGAUAAUGGCAAAACGAUAUACAUGUGGUAUGGAAAAAGAGCCAAAAACACAUUGAAAUCAAAAUCACGAUUGAUGGCUGAAAAGAUAAAUAAAAAUGAAAGGAAAAAUAAGUCAGAAAUUAUUACAGAAAUGAUGGGUUCAGAAUCUGACGAAUUUAGAAAAUGCAUUGGUGCAAGUGAUGUUUUGAAACCAGAGGAACAUGUUGAUCCGGAGUUUCAACCUGUGGUUCCAAGGCUUUACCAAGUCCGAUUAGGAAUGGGAUACUUGGAAUUGCCUCAAGUCGAGGUGCCCCAUGGAAAACUAGUCAAUAAUCUUCUUAACAAUCGUAAUGUUUAUAUUUUAGACUGUUAUUUGGAUGUCUAUGUUUGGUUUGGAAAGAAGUCAACUCGGCUGGUUCGAGCUGCAGCGGUCAAACUCUCUCAAGAACUGUUCAACAUGAUUCAAAGGCCAGAUUAUGCACUAGUGACGAGACUGCAGGAAGGAACGGAGUCACAAAUAUUCAAAUGUAAAUUUACUGGAUGGGAUGAAGUCAUUGCUGUCGACUUUACGAGAACUGCAGAAUCUGUGGCAAAAACUGGCGCCGAUUUGACGAAAUGGGCCAAGCAACAAGAAACAAAGGCGGAUCUUGCGGCAUUAUUCAUGCCUCGUCAGCCUCUCAUGACUCCAGCAGAAGCACAACAGCUCAUGGUGGAAUGGAACAAUGAUUUGGAAGCAAUGGAAGCAUUUGUUUUAGAAGGCAGGAAAUUCGUUCGCCUACCUGAAGAAGAAUUGGGUCACUUUUAUAGCGGUGAUUGUUACGUUUUCCUCUGCAGAUAUUGGAUGCCUUUAGAUGUAAAUGAAAAUGAAGAUGGUGAUGAACAGUGUGAAGAUGAUUUUCAAUGCAUGGUUUAUUUUUGGCAAGGAAGGGACGCUGGUAAUAUGGGUUGGCUUAAUUUUACCUUUAGCUUGCAGAAGAAAUUUAAAUCUCUCUUUCGUGAAAAGUUGGAGGUCGUUCGAACACAUCAGCAACAGGAAAAUUUAAAGUUUAUGGCUCAUUUUAAAAGAAAAUUCAUCAUACACGAAGGCAAAAGAAAAGAUGUAAAACCUGCUGAUGCGAACAAAGUAGAAUUUUAUCAUCUAAGAAGUAACGGCAGUACAUUGUGCACAAGACUAAUUCAAAUCACACCAGAUGCGAGUUUGUUGAAUUCUGCUUUUUGUUAUAUAUUAAACGUGCCAUUUAAUAAUGACGAUGAGUCAGGAAUAGUGUAUGUGUGGAUUGGCUCGAAAUGUGACAACGAGGAUGCAAGAUUAGUUGAAGAAAUAGCAGAGCAAAUGUUUAAUAAUCCUUGGAUUAGUCUCCAGAUAUUAAAUGAAGGCGAGGAACCAGAAAAUUUCUUCUGGGUGGCUCUGGGCGGUAAAAAACCAUACGAGACUGAUGCUGAAUACAUGAACUAUACGAGACUGUUUAGAUGUUCAAAUGAGAAAGGAUACUUUACUAUUAGCGAAAAAUGCACAGAUUUUUGUCAAGAUGAUUUAGCUGAUGAUGACAUUAUGAUUCUUGACAAUGGUGAACAAGUAUUUUUAUGGCUGGGUACACGAUGUUCGGAAGUUGAAAUCAAGUUGGCGUAUAAAUCAGCACAGGUUUACAUUCAGCAUAUGCGUGUUAAACAGCCCGAAAGAAUUCGUAAAUUAUAUCUUACCGCAAGAGGAAAAGAGUCACGCCGUUUCACCAAGUGCUUUCAUGGCUGGGGUGUGCAUAAACGACCUCCAGAGUAAACUUGAAACCAAGUUCUUUAUACAGAUUAUUUCAGAUCUUAAUCGAUUCGUGAUUCGAUUAACAUCAGGUAAGGUCUUCCUUUAUGGACGCACAGCAACAGCUCAGUAAUGCACAAAAAGUCAUAACUGUUUAGUCUAAACAAUGGGGCAUGUAUCUUAAUUAAACAAACGAUUGAGAUGAUUGAUUACAUGUUAUUCACGUAUCAUGUAAAUCAUACCGUUAAACUGCUAGGAAUUAGCGUAUGCUUUGAAAAUUGGUGAAAUUUUAGUGUACACCAAUAUACAUACUAAAAUUGAUUAGCAGUGUUACCAGCUAGAAUUACUUGGAAUACGUCAUAACUCUGGUGUUUUAAAAUAGCUUGAUAAUCGAAAUUGCCUUUAAUGCUGUUUGAAAUUGUUUAUGUUUAAAUCCUCUAACAUUUGAUUAUAAAGUAUCUCUCAUAAUUAAAUAUUGAGACUAACUGAAAAAUAAGGGUUUAAAAAAAUUUUUUUCCUUAGUAUCGAAUAUAGAUAAUUUUUAAAAUUAAAUACUUCAUUACUUUUCGAUGAAAAUCUUGGCUCAAUGAAGCAAAUUUUGUGAAAUUAAUUCUAACUAAAAAAAAAGUGUAUCAAUUUCACUCUUAUAUUGUUGAAAAUACUUAUUUAUACAUUUGAACAAAGCAUAGGUGUUGGAAUAUACAAUUGUACGAUAUUGUUCUGCCGAUGAAUUAGUUGUAUAACAAAUUUUAACGAAUUUUAACAUUUGUAAAUAUGUAUAUCCCAAGUGCGAAUUUAUAAAUAGAUCUUGUAUAAAAAUAUCAAAUUGUUGAUGAAAAUCGUGUUUUUCAUGACCAUUUAUGACACAAUUGUCGUUAAGAAAUUUUAUGUUUAAGAUUCAAAAUUGAUAUCAAGCUGGCUUUGUAAAAUUUGUUAACUUUGAUGAAAUAUAAUUACAAAGACUAU